AUGUUUGCAAUUACUGUAGGUUUAAAGCAAGUGAACUAUGACCAGCUGGAUAAAUUACUGAACAUCAAUGGUCUUCAAAAAACGAAGAAUGAAUAUACCACCGAUGAAGCUCAUCGAAAGUUCAUGAAACUUUAUCCCAAAAUCUUCAUUGAAAGAAAAUCGAUCUUACCUGGAAUUCCUACAAAAAGAACAAAAGGGGUACAUACCUGUGAAUUCGACAAUGUCAACGAAUUUGGUGAACAAUCUCACAACAUAAGCUUGUACUUGAAUAAAAUUAAAACUUCCCAGGUGGUGCAAUUUGGCUCUCCAGAAUACGCAGAGAAGAUGCUAAUCCUAAGUAGGAUACUCAAGAAAAUCCCUGUUCUGUGGUCUCCUGAAGAACACGAGACGGUGUACAAGACUUUGAAACUCAUUCCUGACCUCAAUGACCAACUUUCAGAUGAAGAGCUGAGAGAACUCAUGCAAUGUAUUGUGAGGGAAUACUGGGUGAAAGGAAGUACAGUGGAUGGAAGCCAGGGGUUCUAUGCAAUACUCCGAGGCUCUGCUAGACCACAGACAAAAUAUUACAAAAAACUCGUUGGAGGAAAUUUUGUUUCAUGUAGUCUGAUGCUUUGGCCCCGAACUGCACCUAGGCCAUCCGAUUCACCACCCCAAACACUGCUUGGUCCAGGAAGUUGUUUUGGGACUCUGAUUCCACUCCCGGAAAGGUUGCACCUUGAUACGCUAACAGUUGUUACUGAGGAGAACUGUGACAUUCUCAAGAUUGCAUCCUCAGAAUAUUUACGAUUAAGGGAGGAACUGGCAAAGCGUGAAAAACUUGCCAAAGAAGAAUUAAUCCGAGGAUCUCUAUUUUAUCAAAACUGGCCUUUGGUAUUUAUAUUUCAGCUGACUGCUCACCUAAAAUGGAAGAAGUUUCUGAAAGGGCAUGUGCUUAUGAAAGUUGGAGAAAUAAGCAAAUACGUAGGCUUCAUUAAAUCUGGAUAUUGCAAUGCAUUCCGAACAAUUCCAGCUCUUGUGAAGCUACCAUUGGGGAAAAUGAUUAAGCGGACGAGACAAAUCCUCAUUGGUAAACUACAUCCAAGACAGUCCUUUGGGGAAAUGAGCAUUCUUUUUCAUAUCCCAUCUACGUACACUCUGAAAGCAGCAACCCCUGUUGAACUUGGGCUUAUCGAAGCUUCUGAUAUCUCAGCUUUAGAUCCUGUUAUACAUAUGCUGCUCCUUCAGACUGUCAAACCAUCAUUUGAAAACAUCACAAAAGAUAGUCUGAAGCGUGAGUACAUAAAAAAGGAAAUGGAAGCAGAAUGGAAGAACACAAAGGACAUGGCUGUGAACGAGGUAAUAUUUCACUGUGGAAUCAGCCCUGGAGUUGGAAAAUGGAUCCAUGAGCACGUUCGUUUUGAGAAGGGUGAGAAAGAACAUGGAGAAAGUCAUCAUAUUGCUACUUAUAAAAAACUCAUGUAG